UAAAGAUGGCGGCCAAACCCGCCCAUCGUCGUAAGUGUGGAAGUAGUCUGUCUUGCUGCUCUGCAGCGUCUUCGAUAACUACUCAAUGCUUGACGGACGAAAGGUGUGUGGAAAAGAUGGAAAAUAAAAGGGUGAUGAAAUAUGAGCGCAUGCAAGCGUUGCAAAAGUGGCUAAAAACAAGCAACACGAAGCUCACUCAAUUUAACGGCCAGCGAAAGUAUGGAGGACCACCUGAGGGAUGGAACGGUCCUACACCAGGAUCCAACUGUGAGGUGUUCAUCAACCACAUCCCAGUGGACACCUACGAGGACAUUCUGAUCCCACUAUUCAGUGCCGUGGGACCAUUGUGGGAGUUUCGCCUCAUGAUGAACUUCAGCGGGUACAGCCGUGGAUUUGCCUAUGCCAAAUAUGGCACCGCGUGUUUAGCGAAACAUGCUAUACAGCAGCUACACGGUUAUAUGCUGGAACCCGGCGUGCAUAUUAGUGUCUGCCGCAGCACCGAGAAGAGGAACCUCUGCAUCACAAAUCUGCCGCCGACCACCAAGCCGGAUAAGCUUCUUCAGGUGUUGUGCGGGAUGACGGAUGGGGUGGAGAGACUUUCUCUGAAGACCGGCCCAGGAAUUGAAGGUGUGUCAGCUCAAGUUGUCUUCUCAUCUCAUCAUACUGCGUCAAUGGCAAAGAGGAUGCUAGUAGAAGCGUUCCAGAAGCAGUACGGCUUAAACAUCUCCAUCAAGUGGAUGUUUAUGAUCAAACCACACAUGGAUGACUUGCACGCUUCCGAAAAGAACACAAGUCCUAUGGCGUCGCCCCUGAAGCUUCCAUGCCACACCGUGAACCCUCCGCACAUCUUGGCCCCGCCUCCUCCUCGCCUGAAAUACCCUCUGUGUGUUCCCCCUGAUUUCUGCAAAGCAGUGGGAGGACCCAUUGCUUCAAAAAACGAUGCGUCCGUCAUGCAGUUGUCCGCAGCAAACGUGCUUCAGAAAAUGUGCGCAGCCAUCGGCGUUGGCCCACCGCAUUUUGAUUUUUAUUGGAGCCACGUGGCGCCCAACGGAUGUAUCGGCGUCACCUACAAAGCGCGUGUCCCCGGUGUAGCCACUGUCUUCAGAGGUCAUUUCACGGUCUUACCAGGUCCCACGACCACUACCACACUACUGGAGAGAGCUCAGGAGGCUGCGGCGCAGCAAGUCUUGAACAGCAUGCAGUUGUCUUACUGAAAACAUUUUUU